CCGGGGCUGUGAUUGCGGCUCGCCGGUGUCAGUCCCCGAAUGAGCGCCGGUGGCGGGGCGGGAAGCCGGGCAGGCAGCCUCAGGUGGGGCUGCUGGCAGCGAGGGACCCAGCCCGGGAGCCCCCCAGGAUGCCCCGCGGAGACUCGGAGCAGGUGCGCUACUGCGCGCGCCUCUCCUAUCUCUGGCUCAAGUUCUCGCUCGUCAUCUACUCCACGGUGUUUUGGCUGAUCGGGGGCCUGGUCCUGUCAGUGGGGGUCUAUGCAGAGGUCGAGAGGCAGAAAUACAAAACCCUGGAAAGUGCGUUUCUGGCCCCGGCCAUCAUCCUCAUCCUCCUGGGGGUUGUCAUGUUCAUCGUGUCCUUCAUCGGCGUGCUGGCUUCCCUUCGCGACAACCUGUGCCUUCUCCAAGCGUUUAUGUACAUCCUUGGGAUUUGCCUCAUAAUCGAGCUCAUUGGUGGCGUGGUGGCCUUGAUCUUCCGGAACCAGACCAUCGACUUUCUGAAUGACAACAUUCGAAGAGGAAUCGAGAACUACUAUGACGAUCUGGACUUCAAGAACAUCAUGGACUUUGUUCAGAAGGAGUUUAAGUGCUGUGGCGGAGAAGACUACCGAGAUUGGAGCAAAAACCAGUACCACGACUGCAAUGCCCCCGGACCCCUGGCCUGCGGGGUACCCUACACCUGCUGCUUCAGAAACACGACAGAAGUUGUCAACACCAUGUGUGGCUACAGAACUAUUGACAAGGAGCGCCUCAGCGUGCAGAAUGUCAUCUACGUGCGGGGCUGCACCAACGCCGUGCUCAUCUGGUUCAUGGACAACUACACCAUCAUGGCGGGCCUCCUGUUAGGCAUCUUGCUCCCUCAGUUCCUGGGGGUGCUGCUGACAUUCCUGUACAUCACCCGGGUGGAGGACAUCAUCAUGGAGCACUCUGUCACCGAUGGACUCCUGGGCCCCGGCACCAAACCCAGCGUGGAGGCAGCAGGCACGGGGUGCUGCAUGUGCUACCCCAAUUAGGGCCGUGGCCUGGGGCGGCAGCUCCAGAAGGACCGUGACAGGACAGCUCUGCCCAGGCCACGUCGUGCGGGCCGGAUAGGACUGUGGCCCCUCUCUCCACAUUCGGCACUGACCAAAGCCCCGGCUGUGUUUGCUCAGGGCUCCCAGGCCGCCGCCUGUCUGGUGGGUGGAGCCCCUCCCCGGCGGCGGAAUUCUGUGCGUGCCCACCCUGCUGGGCGUGGGGAACAGGGCACCCCUCCUCCAGGCUCCGGCUGCUGGGGAAAGGGGAGCUUGGCGCGGGGCUCCGGACCCAUUUCAUUUCUGGUAGUGCCUUGGCCUUGGUGUUUGUGCCCCUUUGAGGGCAGUUUUGUAGUGAUUUGUAAUCAGGGAGGGAGGAGAGCCUGUGUGCCCCGAGGUGAAGGAGCAGAGGGGAGGGGUGCGGCCCCCAGGCCCCAGUCCUUCGGCCUCACCCCUGAGGCCACGUUGGGCCCGUUUCUCAGCCUCCCGGGUACCUUGAGCCCUCCACAGGGCUGCUGCUUUGUUGAUCCUGUUUUGUACCUGAUUUUUAUAACAUUCAUUUUGUACACAGUUAACAGGAGUUUCCGACUAAUCAAAGCUAGCUGUUCCCCCCAUUCCUCUUCCCCUACCAAGCCAGUUUAUUAAUCAGACAAUAAAGACAUGAUUUUUUUUU